CUCGUUUCAGCACCACAGCGCCACCCGCGAGAGCUCUAGACAACAAACGCACUUAUUUUCUUUAACAAAAUUAUUCAAACAAAACGCAUCAAGAACAUCAAAUACAUCCUCUCAAAAGUGUUAAAUUGCCAGUUUUGCACUAGAAUAGUCUUCCAUGAGUAUUGAAUCGCUUUCGGUCCCCGAAUUGCCAUAGUGACCGCUUCCCCUCGGCCAUGAUGUCUGAUCGAUGGGAAUUGAACAAAGAGGAUCAAUUUCCGAUCAACGAGAGAGCCGCUUUAAUCAAUGGGAGAAGAGAGCUCCAAAAGCGGCCACAAACACCGGCAAAGAGGGGCUCAAGAGCGAAGCCACAACUCGACAACGGGUUUCCACACAUAAGGCUUCAAGAAAGCAGAGAAACUUGAAGGAAAAAGGCUGACCUGCAGCUGCUGUAAAUCUAAGCGCUUCCAAUAUUGAAACAUCGAUCCCGCAUUGGCCGCCAUCUUGAGACAUAUUGAGACUGAGUGAGAGGCUGAUAGAGAGAGCGCGAGGGGCUGGAGUUCAGUAGAAAGGAGGGGGAGCGCGCGCAAAACACGGAGCGGAGCAAUUGAACAGGGCCAUCGCUUAUUGAACAUGUGCGCGGAAUGGAGUUAUUGAACAGGAACCUGUAAUAUUGAAUAGGGCCACGGAAUAGAAUUAUUGAAUGGUAGUUGGCAAUUUCUUUAACAGCUAAACCACGGGAUGGAUCUUCCACGUAGAUCGUGAACGAUGCAGCACCCAAGAAGGCAAAGAAGAAGGCAGCAGAGGCCAGCUCCAAUGUGUUCUCCAUGUUUGAGCAAGCCCAGAUCCAGGAGUUCAAGGAGGCUUUCACAAUCAUGGACCAGAACAGAGAUGGUUUCAUUGACAAGAGUGACCUGAGGGACACCUUCUGCGCUCUGGGCCGUCUCAAUGUGGGUAAUGAUGAGCUGGACGAGAUGCUGAAGAUGGCCCCUGGACCCAUCAACUUCACCAUAUUCCUCUCCAUGUUUGGCGAGAAGUUGAAAGGUACUGAUCCUGAAGAGACCAUUAUUAACGCCUUCAAGAUCUUCGACCCCGAGGGACAGGGAGUCCUCAAGGGAGAAGAUAUCAAAUAUUACAUCAUGUCUCAGGCGGACAAGUUCACCGAAGCUGAGGUUGAAGACAUGUUCACAAACUUCCCCCUGGACGUCGCCGGCAAUCUGGACUACAAGAACCUGUGCUACGUUAUCACCCACGGAGAGGACAAGGAGGCGGAGUAAAGGAACCAAUCACAACCUUCAAAUCACCCGACCAAUCACCUCCGACAGCCAACUACACAUCAUCACCCUUUCCACAUCUCACCAUUCUGACAAUAAAAACGUAGUAAAAAGGAC